UGCGAAACACAACAACAACUCCACAGUGUUUUCUUCGGCUCCCAGUCUUCAUGCUACUUUGCAAUUAAACUACGACCGACAUCAGUGCGAUAAUAGGCGGUCAGUUUGCGGCUCGCCCAGUUCGAGGGGACAGUCGACGGACGGCGAAUUCGAGUGCGCGGCCAUGCAGUAGCGUCUUUUCACUUGCCAAAAGCGAAAUCAAAGCCAAAAGAAAAAAAACGCCGAGAAGGUCAGAAAAAUGUACACAGGCGCAUACCUGCGCCCGUGUGUCUGCGUGUGUGUGUGUGCGUGCGUGCGUGCGUGUGAGUGCGCAGAAAGUUGUACAGCUGUAUUCGCCUGGCGUAUUUAUCAAUAAGUGACUGCCGUGAUCGCCGGAAAAGCGCAGCUCCUGGAACUCCGCUGGGACCUACGUAAAUGCCACGGGCAGAGAUCCAGGCAGCAGCAGACCCAGUGACGACAGGCCUGUCAGGUGCAGCAGGAGUCCCCAGUGAUACGCAAUAGGUGGGCCGCCCCAGCCCCCUGCUCGGCAGCCAUUUCCCCCAGCUCAUACCAAGCGAGAGGCAGGGGAGGAAUCGUUCGGGAAUCGGAAGUGAACCAGGAGGAAUCGCACCAGCGCACGCGGCAGAGCACUUGCGGCCGCGGUGGCGACCACACGGCGGCAGCUGGGCAGCUGGGCUUCCUAGGAAAACCGAGGAGAGGCAACAGUUUGUAGGUCCUCCGCAUAAGUGCAGCAACAAAGAGAACACCCUGCUAAAGACAAACCCUGCCCUUCCAAGCAGAUUCGACGAAUUCGAAUGGCAUUUGUUUGUUUCGCUCGUUGCAUGCCACCAAACGACAGAAGAUGAACAAUGAACAAACGCCGUCAUCAUCGGACACACCGGCGGAUCGUCUGGGCCCUGGCGGGGAGGCCAUCAAGCUGCCCACGAUCAUACCGGACACGCCCAUCGUCUCGAUCGCCGCUGGGACGAUGAGCGAGAGCACCACCACGACCACCGUAACCCAGACGACGCCGACGUCGUUCUCCAAGGAGCAGCUCAUCAACAUGAUGACGGAGUUCGGUGCCAUGCUCGACCUGAUCAAGGGCACCGACACCCAUGGAGCAGCAGCAGAGGCAGUGGCCGAGGCGGCAGGAGCAGCGGCCGGAACAGCAGCCGGAGCCGCCGCAGUGCGAGCAGCCAAGGCAGGAGCCGGUGCAGCAGCGGCAGGCGUGACAGCAGCGGGAGCAGCCGCGGCCGCCGCUGCAGCUGAUGCAGUGGCAGUGGCCAGCAACCAUGUAGCCAUCAGCCAAGCAGCGAGCAGCAGCCGCGCCAGCGAGCCCAAGAAGUCGUCGUCCCCCAGUAAUCCUAGUAAUAGCCACAGCUCGACUAACCACGCCGCGGCGCCAGAAGCUGCCAGGGGCUCAGCAGCGGCGGCACCAGUGGACUCAUCCUUCUUCUUCGCCAUGCUGAAUGACUCGCCCGGCGCAGAGCUGUCGGCGCGACCGAACCGCAGAGUCCUCCAGUACGGGGCCACGGCCAAGGGCAAGACCCAGGACGAUCAGAAUGUGGGCAAGCGGCAGAAGAAGAAAAAGACAAAAUACGAUACGUGGGAAGACAGCGAUUUUAAUGAUCUCGACGACGCAUCAUUGAAAAAACUUCUCGAGGAGGCCUAUUGGUACCGAAAUCCUGGCGACAGGAAGAACAAGAGCGAGCGAUUUCUGCAAAUGCUCAAAAAGGCUGAGUACGACGAGGAGAUCUCUUAUCGUGCCAUCAAAUCCUGCCUCACACUCAACCCAUCCGCACUAGCGUCCAGUGCAGCGGCAGGCUCGAGCGGCGGCGGCGGGAGCAGCAGCAGUGCAGGGCACAACAGCGGCUACAACUCCACCAAUCACCGGUCCACGGAUCCCGCCCAGCGGCACAAGCAGGGCGGCUCCCUGCAGGAUCUCGUCGAGGCGGCGCACCGCAGCGAGCUGGCCACCACCUCGGCGGCGGCGGCUGCAGCGACGGCUGCCACUACGGCAGCAACGCAACGUUUCAACUGUGAUUACCAGCUGAGUGGCCGCUCCAAUCGACGCCAGCAGCAGCAGCAGCAGCAGCAGCACAACCAAAACGCCACCUCCUGCGCCCCUGCAUCCGCAUCCAAGAAGAUCAAGAACUCAUCCGUCUCGGGCCGGCAGCGCGAAGGAGGCAGCCUGCCCAGCAGCGUUAACUUUGAGCCCUCAGCUGCCAUGGAUGCCAAGCAGCACAAGCAGCAGGCUCACCUCUCCUCGGAGGCGGCCGGAGGAUCCGGUGCCGCAUCUGUGGCUGGCAACAAGCCCCACCACCGCAGCAGCACCGGCAGCUGCAGCAGCCUGCCCAGCCACCUGGGCGAACGCGAUCCGGAGGCGGGCAUACAGUUCGACAUGGAUGAGGACGAGGCGACGGGUGCCGGAGCCGGGACCGGGACCGGGGUUGGCAUAAGCGGCGUCCCGCCCGACUUCCUGUUGGAGCAAAUGGAGCCACAGAACCCCUCGAUGACGUUCCUGCUCGACGCCAUCAGUGGCCAGCCGAAGCAGGCGAAGCAGCCCGCGGAGGCCAGGGACGGCGGUGCCGCCAAAGAGUUCCUAAUCGACGACCCGCUACACUUCUCCGUCCUGGAGGUGUCCGCCAGGAGCCAGCUGCAGCAGCAGGCCCACUAUCUGGCCGCCCUCACCGGACAGUUUGGGCUCGGCCUGGAGGAGCAGAAGCGCAAGGUGGAGGCCGGCUAUGUGUCGCUCAACGACAACUACACGGCCUGCUCCUCGGUGUACGGCGGCGGCGCUGGCUCGCCAGCUGCCAUCGAGAGCAGCAAGCCCUCGACCUCCUCCUCGACCUCAUCCGGCGUCAGUAACUGCGGCGCCUCCUCCGACACGCUCUCCGGCGAUCUGCGUCCCGCCAAGAUUGGGCGCAUGGUCAACGCCGCAGCGUCGGCGGCAGCUGCGUCCAUGGGUGGCAAGGCCACGACGCGCCAGCUGGACGAGAAUGGGAACGCCUUGAGCGAUGGCUUUGGUGGCAACGGAGCCGGCGGCGUCAGCACCACCAGCAGCAAUGGCAACGGCAACCAGUUCACGGCCCUCAUAACCACCACGGUGGGAGCCAGUGCGCCCACCUCGUCGAGCUCCCACCGUCAGAGUAGCGUCUCCACGCUGCUCUCCACGGGCACGAACACCACGACCACGGCCAUGGCAGCGGCGGCGGUGGCCGCAUCCUACAGCCAGCUGCAGCAGGCGCCCGGAGGCGGUGCAGUGGCCGCUGGCUCGGGGAUUGGCAUUGGCAUACAGCAGCCCACCACCACCAAGCAGAAGGCAAAGAAGAAGUCGCAGCAGGAGAGGAACACCACCACCGUGGAUGUGGAGUCGGUGGCCGGCUACCGGGGCAACGAUCCCGUCGAGCAGCUGGUCAAGUACAUCGAGAACGAUGUCAACGGCGGCGGCAACAAUGCGGCGGGUCAGCGCAAGAAGGAGCGCAAGAAGCAGAACAAGCUCAAGAAGAGCAACUCGCUGGAGGAGCUGCGCAGCUGCUCCAAAAUGGAGGUGGACGACUUGAAGCGCCAGUCGGCGACCACGGAGAUGAUGCGCCAGAAGAAGGGCUCGAACAAUUCGGCCUCGGGUGGCUCGUCGUCCUCGGGCGCCGGGGGCAAGCACAACUCGGCCUCGGUGGCGGACAUCAGCAAGAACUGCAGCAAGGAGCCGCAACAGCAGUCGGUGCAGGUGCGAGGCAGCGGCAGCGGCAACCCGGGAGCGCAGCAGCGCAAGGGCGAGCGGCGAUCGUGGGGCACCGAGGAGCUGCAGUACCUGGGCGAUCACCAGGAGAUAGCAGCCGCCUGGUCGGAGCCAGAGACUCUGGGCCAGAAGCAGCUGCCGCUGGCGCUGCCCGCCCUGGCGCGCAUGUCCGAGCUGGAUGCCCUGAAUACCGUGCUGUCGGAGACCGCCGAAUUCCAUGUGGUGACCAAGAAGAAGAAACCAAAGAAGCAGCGCGCCGUCACCAUGGACGAUGCAGCGGUGGCGGCUGCCGCCAGUACGGGCGGCAACCUGCAACGCAUGCAGCAGAUCACCAAGUCGGCCUCCUCCAACAUGAUGUCCCAGCGGAUGCACUACUACACGCCGUACACCGGCAACAACAACGGCGGCGGAGCAGGAGGCACUGGUGGCUACAAGCAGCAGCAGCAGCAGCAGUACCAGGAGCACUACCAGGCGCCGCAAGGGCAGCACCAUCAUCAUCACCACCAUCACCACCACCAUCAUCACCAUCAUGGCGGCUCGGCGGUGUCCAGCCAGGUGGACAGCUCGCGUCGCAAGUCCACGUCGUCCAUGCCGCCGUCGGAGAAGUCGGACUCCAGUGAUCUCGACUCGGUGCACUCGCUGCCCAUCCAGACGGGCAAGAAGAAGAGCCUCGGCGGCGGCAACAACAAGCAGCGGGCGGCGCAGGCCGCCAGUCAGCGCCAGGGCAAGCAGAGCAACAACUCGCCGGCUCCCAUUUCGUAUGCGGACAUUGCCCGCAACAAGAAGGAGGCGCUGAACAACGCCACGGCCAGCGACACGGAGCUGGAGCUGGGCGACAAGUUUCAGGCCAGGAGCGGCGGCAAGUCCAAGUCGCGGCCCGAUUUCCCCGAGCUGCCGGGCGCUGCUACGCCGGCGGCUGGAGCUGCUGGUGCCGCCAACCAGCCGGCCCUUGUUAGCAGCCAAACUACGGCGCCGUCCUCGUCCAGUUCGAUCAGCUACUCGCAGAGCCUCAAUGCCACGCCGCCCAGCAGCAGCAGCGAUGCGGAGACGGCCAACUCGCCGGAGCUGCAGGCGCAGGUGCUGGUGUCCGCCUCCAGCCUGGCCACGCCCACGCUGGCCGCGUACACGAGCAGCAGUGUCAGCAGCUCGAACGCCAGCACCUCGUCGACCUCCUCCUCGCCGCCGGCCCUGCAGAAGUCCAAGAGUGUGGAGCACGAUGCCACCUACAGUUGCAACAGCAGCAACCUGGACCAGCAGUACCCGGCGCUGGAGAAGACCGUCAAGCGGCACAGCACCAACAAUGUGUCCGUGGCCGUCGCGGCAGCCACCUCGGCUUCGUUGUACAACUUCGCAGCUGCAGCCAAGCAGCAGCUGGAGGAGAAAGCCUCUCUGGUCACAUCGCCGCCGGCAGCAGCAGCAGCAGCAGCGGCAUCAGCAACAACUACCUCAACCGCAGUCGCAGGCCCAGCUCCUGCUGCAGCUACAGUUCCUGGUCCAUCGUCAUCCUCAGCUCAAGCUUUGACUCCGUGUCCUGCCGCAGCUUCAUCCUCAGUCAAGGCCAAGGCCAAGCCAAAGGAGCCAUCGCCUACCAGCAGCAGCAGCAGCAGCAACAGCAGUAACACGAGCAAGAAGCCCGCGAAGCCUAGUCAAGAGGAGGCGACAGUCAGCCUGUCCAGCACCGCCAAGGCGACCACCAGCACCAGCACCACUACCACGCAGAAGACCACGGCUGCCACGCAGACGGAGGGAGCCAAGAAGCUGAUCAGCGGCAGCCAUAAGCUGGCCAGCAGUAGCUGCAUUGCCAAGGGAGCCGGCGCCGUCUUGGAGGCCACCGGCGGCAGACGUGCUGUGAUUAUACUGAACGAUGAUCGCGAGGCGGGCAGGAGCAACAACGAGUUCAUCUUCGGGGACUUCAACGAGGAUGAGCUGAAGCUCUUCGACGACAACCUGGAGGAUGAGGCGGAGGACGAGCCCAAGCAGGCCUCGAACAAGCAGCAGCAGACAGAGGCGGACUCUGACGCGGGCCAGGAUGACACGGAGGACGGGGACCAAGAACUGGACAAGGAGGCGGACAGCCGGGAGAAGCAGUCGCAGAAGCAGCAGGAGCGCCGGCCGGAUGACAGUGCGAGCAGUGAUCAGCAGCUGAAUGACUCUGGCGCCGCCUCGGAUGCGGUCAACAGCUCGGCCAGCCUGGACAUGCUCUCGAUUUCCGCGGAGGCGGCUCAAUCGUCGCCGAAUGCGGGAGCAUCGGCCACCUCGUCGAGCGCCGCCAGUCUCAUUAACUCCUCCACGCCCUCGGCCUCGUCGUCCUCCUCGGCGAGCACCUCCACCUCAUCGUCCUCUGUCUCGAUUUCGUCCUCGUCCGGCGGCAAUGGCGCCGCCUGCUUGGCCUCCAUUUCGGGCAUGCUGGGCGGAGUGGCCAAUCAGUCGGGGGACAGUGGCAUCUACGGUGCCGCCAAUACGUCCAUUAAGGAGCACGUCAACAAUUUCCUGAGCAAGGCCAGCAGCAGCGAGGAGACGCUGCCCAGCGCCAACUCCAUUUCGAUGCAGCAGCUGGAGACGUGCAACGACAUCGAGGCGGCCAUCAUAGCCGCCGCCCGUGCCGCCGCCGCUGCCCGGAGCACCAGCUGCAGUCGCAGCAACUCGCAGGAGCAGGAGCAGUCGCAGGCCAAGACCAAGUCUAAUACCAAUCCGAAUACCAAUCCCAAUCCGGAGGCGAAAGUGGCCCUGCCCGUGUUCAUGGCCUAUAACGACGACGACGAGGAGGACGACGAGAGCCUGCAGGAACUGAGCUUCAUGGCCGACCUCAAGGCGGAUGCAGCCACGACGUCCGCGGAGGCGGAGGAGGUGACCAUCCUGUCGGCACCGCCUUCGCGACCGGCGAUGAUGACCAACACGGAACUCAUCGUCGACUACAUCGCCAACACCUGGAAUGCCAUUGCCAACAGCAAGUAUGUCACAUACUACAACGAGCAGGAGCAGGAGACCUAGAAACCAACCGUGUCACCAGCGACACCUUCGCGAUCAGCCACGUUAGGGCAACCGCAGCAAGAGCCACAGCAGCAGCAACACCAGCAACACCAAUCGCAAUAGCAACGUCAGCAAUAUCGGCAGCAAUUUAACGAGAGCAUCCAACAUCGGCUGAAGGCAGGGCAGGAGUUUAGUUCGAAUUGCAUGUUCGGUUGUUUAAACACGUUUUUUUUUACUUUGUGCUGGGCCAUCGUUUAUAGAUCUACCGAUAUCGUA